AUGGAAACCGAGGAGGAGCAACGGCUCCAGCGAGCAGCCGCCACGGAGGAUUUGGUGGUGGUGCCUGCAGCAGAGCUAGACGACGAGUCAUGGGAUCGUCGAGCGGAGCAUCAUGCAGGUGCAGCAGGCGGUGACGACGACGACGACCCUGAGAUCAGAAGGGAUCCUAUGGUGAAGGGGUGGCGAUGGUUGAAGGCCGUGUCCAUGGUGGUCUUCACCGCCCGCCCCAACAAGACGACGACGAACACGAUGAGGUUGAGGAGUCCACAGCGAAGGACACAUGAGGUAGAUGUCAGCAAGUUGAACACAGGGCCCUGGUUGAACAGUCCACAGCGAAGGACCGCUGCUCAGGUACAACCUUCUCUACCUCCGCAACAGCCAGCCGAGUUUGGAAGCAAAAAUUCAGUACCUGAGGUUGUAAUGGACAUUGCAUCGCCGAGAACUGCACAGGUCGGCGUUGUCCAUGGCAACCCAGAUGACGAUAAGGAACAGCGUGGGCGCUGCCUGAAAUACUCGCAGAAGGCCCUCGGCUUCGCCGUCUGCACGUUUAUCGGAUACGCGGCCAAUGCAUCAACCAACACGGCCUUCAAGAUGGCGAUCGCACCCUUCUUUCUCGCCAUCUGCGCCGACCUCCUGUCGCUCAAGACGAAGGCGAAGCUGGGUAGUGCCCUGGUCUACUUCUCAUCGCUGCACCUGCUCCUCAUGACGUACCUCAUCUUCAUCGCGUUCGACAUGGACCACGCCUACGCCAUCCUUUUCCUCCCGCUCGUCGUCUUCGCCUCCCACCUCCAGCAGAAGCUAUGGCCGCCCAAGCCGCCGCCGCCGGACGCGCAGGAGGCGCAGCAGAGCGCCGAUGAGAGGAACAAGGCUGCGAGCAAGGAGCUGGACAGCAUCUUCGAGAUGUCCGCUCUGAUCCUUAACUGGAGCAGCUUCGUCAGCGCGAUCAUGACCGUGGUCCGGCACUUCAUCACUGCUGCUGGGAAAGACAAUGACGAGAUCGCGCCAGGGGCUGUUGGGCUCCUAUUCUUCCUCACCAUCAUUCUUGGCAUCUAUCUGAUGCUGGCCUCGACUGUGAGGAGUCCGGCACUGAAUCUCCCUACCAGGUAUCUUGAUGUCGUGCUCAUCUGCCUUCUCCUCGGCACUCUUAUCGCCACCGUCAUGACGUUCAGUGGUGCAAAUUGGAAGGAAAAGCAGUCCCCGCCUGCCGGCGGAUCAAGCUAG